AUGGGGUUGGCUUCAGGGGGCACGAGGGCCACCCUUGACAAUCAGGGGAACAGGCAACGGGACGAUAAAAAUGAUGAGGAGGCGGCAGAAGGGGGCGUGUCCUGCAACUUGGAUCCGGGGACUUGCAAGUUGGUCAGACUUAUCCACGCGAAGGAGAUUCUGUGCAACAACAACAGAGAGGAUAAUAGACUCCCUUAUAAAAUCAGCAGGCUUCAGUGCCAGAAAGGACUGCGCGUUCUAGACGAAAUCGAAAAGGCUGUCAGUCGAAAACAGUCCAAAAAGAGGCUAAGGGAUCUGUCUUCCAAGUUCUUCAGUCUCAUUCCACAGAGGUUUGAGCUCGAAAAUCUUCCCCUAUUGGACACGGUCGACAUUUUGAGGUCGACAAGGGAAAUUCUGUUGGAGUUUUCGAAAGCAAAGGACACGCUGACCCCGGCCGUGCAUCCAACGCGGGUUCUCUACGAUCAGCUGGAGUGCGACCUGCAACUCGUGUGCAAGAACUCUCCGGAAUAUAAGCUGAUCAGGGAGUACGCAACAGCUUCGAAAUCCACAUAUGGGAGGCGUAUUGUGAACCUUUGGAGGGUCAACCGCAAAGGGGAGAAGGAAAGGUAAGGAGGAGCGAAAGUGGGGUGUAAAGGGAAGAG